CUUUUCCCCUCCCCAGGAGAAAAAGACCCCCAAGCAGAAAAAAAAGUUCACCUUGGACUCGUCUUUUUCUUGCAAUUUUUUUUCGGGGGGGCAAAACUUUUUGGGGGUGAUUUUUUUUGGUUUUCUUCCUCCUUCAUUUUUCUUCCAAAAUUGCUGCUGGUGGGUGAAAAAAAAUGCCGCAGCUGAACGGCGGUGGAGGGGAUGACCUAGGCGCCAACGACGAACUGAUUUCCUUCAAAGACGAGGGCGAACAGGAGGAGAAGAGCUCCGAAAACUCCUCGGCAGAGAGGGAUUUAGCUGAUGUCAAAUCGUCUCUAGUCAAUGAAUCAGAAACGAAUCAAAACAGCUCCUCCGAUUCCGAGGCGGAAAGACGGCCUCCGCCUCGCUCCGAAAGUUUCCGAGAUAAAUCCCGGGAAAGUUUGGAAGAAGCGGCCAAGAGGCAAGAUGGAGGGCUCUUUAAGGGGCCACCGUAUCCCGGCUACCCCUUCAUCAUGAUCCCCGACCUGACGAGCCCCUACCUCCCCAACGGAUCGCUCUCGCCCACCGCCCGAACCCUCCAUUUUCAGUCCGGCAGCACACAUUACUCUGCGUACAAAACGAUUGAACACCAGAUUGCAGUUCAGUAUCUCCAGAUGAAAUGGCCACUGCUUGAUGUCCAGGCAGGGAGCCUCCAGAGCAGACAAGCCCUCAAAGAUGCCCGCUCUCCCUCGCCAGCACACAUCGUCCAGAGCCCCCUCCCUUGCUGCACUCAGGGACAUGACUGUCAGCACUUCUACCCCCCCUCAGACUUCACUGUCAGCACUCAAGUCUUCAGGGACAUGAAAAGGAGCCACUCCUUACAAAAAGUUGGGGAGCCCUGGUGUAUUGAGGUAGGUCUCGGAGCAGAAUGACGGUAUGAGAUGAGCUAGCUCUGAAAUGAAGCCACCCAUCCAAAGUUGACCUCUCUCUAGGGCAGGGCCCUUCCACUGCGAUCCCUGAAUUCUUGUCGGGUCACUGUCAUUUCGGGUGCCAUGAUGUCUGGGUGUGCUGACCACUGAUAGGGAUAUCAUAGCCAUAAAAAUACCUGUUUACAAGAAGAGGGUGGAGGGUGGUGCUCCUUUGACUCCAGGAUGCCUGACUCCCAGUGAAGGUCCCGUGAUCCAGUACCACACGUAACUUCCAUGAAAUUGAGGAGCACAACCUUAUCCCAUUAAACUUGGCUCCAGGAAGUGUCUCCUGGGACGCUACACAGAUUGCAGUGGAGGAGAAGUUACCACCUCAACUUUGCCUUCAUUACUAGUCAUUUAGAACUUGAAAAUUUUCUUUUAAAAUCCAGGGUGCUGGAAAAUGCCUACUUGGCCUCGACAAUACCUACCGGAGGCAGCCGUGAAUGGCUUUUCUCGCAGAUGUUGCUCUUCAAGGACAGGAAGCAUUGUUAAUUUCCUUUAAAUAAUUCAAUACAACGUCAAUACCCCACACUGCUCAGUGCUUGGGAGUGACAGUUCUCUUCAAAUUAGUAGUCCUAAAGAAAAAAGACCAUCUAGAACAUGCUUUUAUGUUCAGAAAAGCAAAAGUCAAUAUAGAUUAAAAAUUUUCAGACUCUUAAAUUUAAACAGCAAAUGAUUUAGUACUAAUGCUAGCUUUAAGAAAAGUAAAAGUGAAUAUUUAUGAACCAUUUAAUAAAGCCUAUGUGUUUAAAAACAUUUAUUGUAUACCUACUGGGUGAUGUGCUGUGUGUCAGGGCCUCAGGAACAGAAAGCAGUGCCUCCAGCAGGCGGAGACCU